CAGAUGUGUGCUCAUCAGAGUUGUGAGGAACGUCAUCAGCAGCAGCUGUGGAAGUUUCAGGCGUUUUAUUCUCAAUCUUCUUUUAUUAUUUCCUAAUGUUGAUUUCUAAUCACAUGUGAUGGCUCAUGCUUCACCGGCUGAUGUGGGAGUUUUGUUUCUAAUAGUGGUGACUGCUUCUCUGGCCGAUGGGUCCUGGUCUGGUAAAGAUGUGAGCCCGAAGGAGGAGGUGGAGCUGGUCCAGCUGCCCGGCAGCAUGGAGCACCUGGCAUCUUCCCCAGCUCAAGCCGAGUGCUGCUCGGACGGCCACCCGCUGGGGGCCCGGCGCCGUGCCAAGAGAUGCACGUGUUACACUUACAAAGACAAGGAAUGUGUGUAUUACUGCCACCUGGACAUCAUCUGGAUCAACACACCAGAGCGCACCGUACCAUACGGCAUGUCCAGUUACCAGAGUUCCCUGCGUCUGAGGCGCUUUGCUGGGGCUGAGAGGAGGAGGAGGAGCGUGGACAGACAGCGAUGUGCGUGCACGCUGCAGACCGACGCCGACUGCAGCCAUUUCUGCAUGGACAGGCAGAAGAGGUUCUCCCCUGCCACGCCUGAUGGAAGGACACGACGACGUGUUCUGAAAUGAACUUAGAAGUGACGUGCCCAUGAUCCAAACAGUGGACAGAUGAAAAGACUGGAGACCCUUGUGUAGAUGGACAGGUGUUUGUAAUGCCUUGCACUGGAAGAACAAGCAGGGCUUCCAGCAGGGAUGAUAGCAGAGUGCCACUCCGUUCCCUUCGCCCUCCGUCUCCCAGCCUCUACCAGAUCAUAUCUGUCAUUACCCUGUCACAUCUGAGAGUACGGCCUGCAUGACUCGUCUGUGCAGCCUUUGAAAUGCUUUCGGUAAAGCAUGUAUUCAUACACGUCCAUGCGGCAUCACGUGGAGAGCUCAGUUUCAUCUCGUUCCGUCAGGGACAGCAUUUAGCCACAUAAGCAUGCCAUGACGACCUCAGCUUUAUUUAGAUUUCAGUUUGUUACGGCCACAUAUUAUCGAUCUCUUACUGUUUUCACUCAUAACUGAUGAGUUGAUCUUCAUGGAGGCAGGUGAGCUGGAAACAAAUGCCAGGAAUUUAUUUUUAAAUUAUGGUCACAAGUCUAUGCAUGUGGACAGUAAAUUAUACAGACUGUACAGGUGUUAGAGUGUAAUUAUAUGCUGUAAAAUAAAUAUGUGAUCAUAAUCAACAGUUUUCUGUGUUAAAAACCCUCCUAUGUAAAGAAUAACUGUGUACCAUCCAGUAAAUGUAUAAAAUAUUUUAUAUACUUUCAUAAAUUCCCCCAUCUGCUCAUGAAGAUGGACACCUGGGACAAGUCGCUUGCUGUAAAUUGUGGAGGUUCUGAGAAAUAUACGAGUCAUAAUUCAAAUUAAAUCCCUGAGGAGGAGGAGGAGUUCCUCGCUCCAUAUGUGGAAUAUUCUCAAGUACAUCUGGAUUCAUUUAAAUUUAUUUAAUUUGAUCAGAGGUUUUCUUUUCACAUGGACAUGCUGGGACAGGCAGGUAAGG